GGCCAGGGGGAGGAGCGCCUGGGGAGGGGCGUGGCCUCCUUGUCCUCCCGACGUGCGGCGGUCAUGCUGCUGCUCCGCUCCCUUGCCGCGCGCCGCCUGCUCCGCGCUGCUCUCCUCCCCGGGCAGGGCUCGCGGAGAGGCUGCCACGCCUCGGACCGGAGCGGCCGGCCGCUGCUGCUCACCACGCCCAUCUUCUACGUGAACGGCCCGCCGCACAUCGGGCACCUGUACUCUGCGCUGCUAGCUGAUGCGCUGCACCGGCACCGGGAGCUGCAGGGCCGCGGAAGAGGGCGCUUUACCACGGGUCAGUGAGAGGACUGGCAGAGGGGGUUGUGUGAAUGGGUGGUGGGUUUUCUUCUCGUGUCAAAGGCUGCUAGAUGCUGCUGAUCGGUGGAGGCUUUUCCUUGAGCGUUCUUUAAAGCGGCUGUUGUUGUUGUCGUCGUCGUGUUCGUCUCCCUUGUGCGGAGAAGACAGUCCCUCAAACUCACAAUCUUUUCUGCGGGGAGAUGGGAGUUUCAAUGAAGCACGUGUGCAUGCAAGUGUGCGGAACCAGCCAACUCGCGAGGGAAGGUGAGGCAGUCGCUUUGUGGGCAGGAUCCACAGGGGCAGCAGAUCCGGCCUCACAGACAGUAAUGCAUCACCUACUGCUGCAGUGGCAGCAACAGCUGUGACACACUCCUUACCCACCCACCUAGCUGCCAGAUGCUCUUGGGCUGCAGCUCUCAUUAGUCUCAGCCAGAAUUGCCAGCAGUGAUGAUAGAUGGAUGCUCUAGUCCAACAACAUAUUGGGGGGGGGGUCUUUUUCCUUUAAUAUAACCAGUUUUCUCCAUUUUUCCAGCCCUAAGAACAUCAGAUCAGCUGGAUCACAUUAGAAGUCUGUCUAGUGCAGCCUUCCAACCUUGGCUACCCAGAUGUUGGUUAGCUGCAGUUCCCAUCUCCUUGAUCAUUGGUCAGGCUGCCUGGGGAUGAUGAGAGUUGUAGCCCAACAACAUCUGGAGGCCCACAGAUACCAGGUCUGUUGGAUUCUUAAUUCUUUGCACUCUCCUAUUUCUCUGCACAGGAACUGAUGAACAUGGUCUGAAGAUCCAGAUGACAGCAGCAGCUUCAGGAAGUUCCCCUGAACCGUUCUGUGACUGUAUGUCAGCUAAGUUUCAGGAACUCUUCAACCAGGCGGGCAUCUCUUAUACAGACUUCAUCCGUACCACAGAACCUCGGCACAAACGGGCUGUAGAGCACUUCUGGGCUUCUCUGCAGGACCAGGGCUGGCUCUACCAGGCCCACUAUGAAGGCUGGUACUGUACUGCUGAAGAAACCUUCUUGGCUGCUUCCCAGGUCACUGAGCGUCCUGAUGCUCAUGGCAACAGGCACAUGGUCUCGCUUGAGAGUGGCCACCAGGUAAUGAUAAGCCCCUCUGUAUGAGUUCCCCUCUGUGUCUUUUCAGUUCUGAUAGGGAAGCCCUGUUUUGUAGGGUUCCAUCACUCGGGGAAGUAUCUUUUGGGAUUUGCAGCAGAGUCUGCUUUAGGAUGGCCCCUAUGAUCUCAUGCAACACAUCUCAACAAGCGUUUGGGGCAAAUAGGAAGCACACAGAUGCAGUUAUAUUUUAGAAACACUUUUCAUCUUACCUCUGCCUUGGCUUUAAGCAAGAAAGGCUUCAGUGAUACUUCUGAAAUUUAAUUAUUUAUUCACCAUAAAUAUUCCCAGGUUGAGUCACAUAAGAAUAAAACAAAUACUAUUAAAAAAUUUAAAGGAAGAUUGAGAGCAGUGGAUUAGCAACUGUAAACAAUUAAAUUGUUUCAGUUUUCAGAGUUAGAAGCUGGUGGGUGGGUGUUAAAGAAAUAUAUUUCCAUGGUGCUGAAAAGUUAGCAAAGUAGGUAUCAGGUGGCCCUCCUUUAGUAGAGCAUUUCAGAGACACAUGGUAUGUCACAAAGUGAGAAGACCCUGGCUACAUUCACACCAUACAUUUAAACACCUGCUUUUCCCCUACAAUCCUGAGAACUGUCAUUUAUUAAGGGUGCUGGGAACUAUAGCUCUGUGAGGGAUAAACUACAGUUCUGAGGAUUCUUAUUUGGGGCACAGGUGUGAUUUAAAUGUGCUUGAAAUGUAUGUUGGGUACACAGCCCCUCUCUCCAUUCCUCACCCCCCUCACUUUGAUGUUAGAGGAAGGCCUCUGAUGAGCACAUUGGCAGACUGAUGUGAAAUCUCAAGUCCAUAGUCAUUGCUUUGAUUUUUUUCCCCCUCCAACCUUUGAUUAUUAUAUUUGAAGACCUACCUCUUUUUAUCCUGCUAAGAAAUCCUCCUCUGCCCCUUCCUUUUCAUGCAGUAGCAAGAACACAGUCACAUUGACUUUACUGCAUGGCUGAUUCCUAAAUGACUGCAGACAGCACGAGGUUACGUAGUGUCACCAAGCAAUGCUGCAAAAUCGCUCCAGAAGUGCUUCUGUCCAGCCAUUCAAUUGCAAGCACACAAACCUUCUGUGUGAGUGAGGGAGGCUGAAUGAUGAGAAGAGGUUGCUAUAUGAGUCAUGGCUUAGAAAUUUGGCUCCUUUUUCUAUAAUGUGUCUCUGGCAUAGGAAGGGGCAUUGGGAAAAUGCAAAUGUCUCUUGCAACAUUGGUACACACAAUCUCAUGCUUUUUUACAGGUGGAAUUAUAGCAGAAAUGACUGAGCAAUUAAGUCACGUAUGAGACCAAAUAAGGGACGCGGGUGGUGCUGUGGGUUAAACCACAGAGCCUAGGACUUGCCGAUCAGAAGGUCGGCGGUUCGAAUCCCCGUGACGGGGUGAGCUCCCGUUGCUCGGCUCCUGCUCCUGCCAACCUAGCAGUUCGAAAGCACGUCAAAGUGCAAGUAGAUAAAUAGGUACUGCUCCGGCGGGAAGGUAAACGGCGUUUCCGUGCACUGCUCUGGUUCGCCAGAAGCGGCUUAGUCAUACUGGCCACAUGACCCAGAAGCUGUACACCGGCUCCCUCAGCCAAUAAAGCAAGAUGAGCGCUGCAACCCCAGAGUCGGUCACGACUGGACCUAAUGGUCAGGGGUCCCUUUACCUUUACCUUUAUGAGGCCAAAUAUGUGUGUGCUUCACAGUCAUGCUGCACAAGCAUAGAAAUUUGAUAAUUGGUGGAAAAUUCAGCAUCCUGGGAAUUUCCUGGGGAUUUGAAAAGCAAGUUUCUAGUCCUUCAGUUUGCAAAGUUAAUAUGUAAUACCUGUCACAAUCUCAGAAGUGAGCAAGUGGGGCUGAGCAAGAUUUCCAGUAAGAAGCCCUUAACAGUUGUGUUUCUGUAUUCUAUGAGAAGCAAAGAAAAAUCAGUCCUGUACAUUAAUAGUGAAAGUUCUCUGACUCUGAAUCUUAAUUUUGCUGAAAUACCAAAACUGCAUAAGAAGGAAUUAGCAGCAGGCUCAGAGGAACCUUGUAGAAACACAAAAACCUUAAGGAAAUAAAAGCUAUAAAGGUGACGGAUGGGAACUAAGUGAGGAUUGAGCAAAUUUAGUAGGCACAGAAUGAUGAUGGAGUUUUGUGUGGGAGGGGGAAUGGAACCUGGAAAGAUAGAAAGAAUGUGUGGCCGGGACCUUGAACACUCCAAGCAAGACACUUAGCACUGCAACAUUUUGUUGCAGGUUCGACUUGUUGGUGUAACAUAAGCAGACACAUUAGGGUUGCUUAAUUUGCACAAUUUAUGCAGGUUAUAGGAUUUGGUUUCUCUUGGCACCAAACAAUGCAACAUAUGCACAGCCUUGGAUUAUGCAGAAACAACAAUUUGGCCUUUAAUUCUGGGUGGACAUUUUCUGCAUGAUAUGAGGGAUUUGAUUUAUUUCUAUACAUUGUUUAAUACUUAAUCCAUUUUGGAGGGCAUAGUUGGUGUUUGUGUGAAUGAGCCUGCUUUAUUAUAGAAAGGCAUGGUAUAAAUGCUGGGGGGAAAUGAAUAAUGGUUCCUGGUUAUUGACUGAAGCAGGGCAGUCCAACUUUUCAUACUAAGUGGGCUGCAAGAGUACUUCAACACAGAACCAGCAAACCGCAUGCCGUGUUGUCAUGGGGACUGGAAUGCUAAAAUGUGAUGCCCCCCUUAUGCUGCCAGAUAAAUGAGGUACUGGUUUUUGGCAAGGAGGCAUGAGGCUUAAGCAGCACCACCUCCUUCCCGAAGCUGGAGAAGCAGGAACAAGGUUUUGGAAAGGAGGCAGGAGGACCCUCUUGCCUCCUUUUCAAAGCCUAGUGCCUUACUUACAUGGUUGGGGAGAGUCAAACGUUGCUGAGGGCCACCUAAAAGGCCUCAUGGGUGACAUGUGGCCCUUGGGCCAUGUGUUGAACCGUCCUGGUAUGAAGGAAUAUCGUGUAGCAAUUUUUCUGGAGCCUAGCAAGUCUGAGGACUCAUGUGUGCUAUACUUUCAGUAAAAUGUCCUGCGAACUGUAGUUUCGUAACGGUGCUGAGAGUUUUUAUGAGACCUGCCCCCCAUUACCUUUGCAGAGCUACAGUUACCAACACCCAACAAACUACAUUUCUCAGAAUUAUUUGGGGAAACCAAAGCCAGGAUAUUGCUUUAAAUGUAUAGUGCUCAUGGGGUUUGAGAGUGGUCAGUUCCUGGGUGGGAGGCUGCCUAGGAGCUCUAUAUAUGCUGCCUUAAACUCUAUGAAAUAAAGGGGGAAUAUAAAUUUAUUUAUUUAUUUAUUUAUUUAUUUAUUUGGUUUUUCAAAUUAGAAUUUUACAGUCACAUGUCCAACUUACAACAUAAAAACAAGAUUCCAAGGAAUCUCUUGGACUUCCCUCCUCCCCUUUGUGGGUUCUCUUGUUAAUCAUUUCCUCCUGCAUCUUUUAUGAUAAUCCAAAAUCUUUUACCUCUCCAUUGUGUCCAAAAUUCACCAUUAAACUACAAGUGAUAUUCUAAUCCCACUAACGAUUUUAACUGUUUACAAUGGUUUUUAAAAUAAAUUAUAAUCUUUCCCCACUCCUUAUUAAAAUUUCGGUCUUCCUGAUUUCUGAUUCUUCUGGUCGUUUUGGCCAUUUCAGCAUAAUCCAUCAACUUGAUCUGCCAUUCUUCUCUGGUAGGGACUUUAUCUUCUUUCCAUCUCUGGACCAAUAACAUCCGCACAGCCAUGGUCGCAUACUUAAAUAGUCUUCUCUGCUCCCUUGGGAUUUCAGCAUGGGGGGAAUAUAAAUGUAAUGCAGAUGUGGGGGAACUUCUGGCCUUGCAGAUGUUGUUGGACUCUAAUUCCCAUCAGCCCCAGUCAGCAUAGUUUGGGGUGAUGGGAGUUGUAAGGUAAAGGUAAAGGGUCCCCUGACCAUUAGGUCCAGUCGUGACCGACUCUGGGGUUGCAGCGCUCAUCUCGCUUUAUUGGCCGAGGGAGCCGGCGUACAGCUUCCGGGUCAUGUGGCCAGUAUGACUAAGCUGCUUCUGGAGAACCAGAGCAGCGCACGGAAACGCCGUUUACCUUCCCGCCAGAGCGGUACCUAUUUAUCUUCUUGCACUUUGACGUGCUUUCGAACUGCUAUGUUGGCAGGAGCAGGGACUGAGCAACGGGAGCUCACCCUGUGGCGGGGAUUCAAACCACCGACCUUCUGAUUGGCAAGUCCUAGGCUCUGUGGUUUAACCCACAGCGCCACCCGUCUCCCUUGAUGGGAGUUGUACGUAUGAACUAUAAAGGGCAAUGGGAGUAAUAGUCCAGCAAUAUCUGGAAGGCCAAGUGUUCCAUCAUAGAUGCAAUGAAUAUAAACAAAUGAAUAACUAUUUGUAGGGGAGUCAGCAAAAAAAAGGUUGUGACCAGUUUCUCUCUUGCAUCUCAGGUGCACUGGACCAAAGAGGAGAACUUCAUGUUCAAACUGUCCGAAUUCCGGGAACCUUUGCUGAGAUGGCUCCAGGAAAGCAAGGCAACCAUAACCCCUGAGCCUUUCCACCAGCAGGUGCUCCAUUGGCUGGAGCAGGACUUGCCUGACCUCUCUGUGUCGCGUGACCGAAAGCGGCUGCAGUGGGGCAUCCCUGUCCCCCACGACUCGACGCAGACCAUUUACGUCUGGGUCGAUGCCCUGGUGAACUACCUGACCGUUGUGGGUUAUCCUGACACACACCACACCUGGUGGCCCAGUGCAACCCACAUUGUGGGCAAAGAUAUCCUCAAGUUCCAUGCCAUCUACUGGCCUGCCCUGCUCAUGGCAGUGGGGCUGGAGCCUCCAGAGAAAAUCCUGGUGCACUCCCACUGGACAGUUCAAGGGCAGAAGAUGUCUAAAACUCUGGGCAAUGUGGUAGACCCUCAGGCCUGUUUUCAGCGGUACUCAGUGGAUGGCUUUCGGUACUUCCUGCUGAGACAGGGUGUCCCUGAGCGAGACUGCGACUACUAUGAUGAGAAGGCUGUCAACUUGGUCAAUUCAGAGUUGGCUGAUGCCUUGGGGGGUCUUCUUAACCGGUGCACGGCCCCCAGCCUCAACCCCAGUGGAAGCUACCCAGGCUUUUCAGAGGCAUGUUUCCCUCGGGUCAUGGAUAAUAGGAGAGGCAAAGCCAUGGCUGAGGACUACAAACUGGUGUCAUCAGUGAAAGACCUGCCAGCUCAUGUGAGCGACUGCUUCGAACGCUUUCAGAUCUACAGAGCUUUAGAAUCGAUCCUGGACUGCGUGAGGCAGACGAAUGGCUUCCUUCAGAGGCACAGGCCUUGGAAACUACGUCGUGAAGAUCCUGAGGAGCAGCAGUGGCAAGACACCAUCCUGCACGUCACUCUGGAAUGCCUUCGGAUUUAUGGGAGCCUCCUGCAACCAAUGAUCCCAAACACUGCUGAUAAAAUCCUCACCAGGCUGGGUGUUAGUCCCACGGAAAGGUCUCUAAGCAACUUGAGCUUUCUUCCUCGCUACUAUGGCGAAAGGUCUCCCUUUGAAGGCAGGAGGUUUGGGCCAGAUGCUGGGCUCCUAUUUCCAAAGCUGGAGAAAUCCAAAUGAACCCAGUUUCCAAAGCUGGAAAAAUCAACAGAUGCUGCAGAAGAUCACCCACAAGUAGCCUCUUUUUAUGCUUUCAGAAGGAGAGAAAAGAUGGCAACUUGUGCCUUAUGGUUACAUUUUAGUAAAUGGUUGGCGACACGGUGUAGGCAUUUAUUCUCUUAAGAUCAUUCACAAUAGUGCCUAGUAACAAGGUUCAUUCAUUGAAAGGGAGAGCCAGCUUGGCUCUGGUGCAUAUUACUCUGAUGGCCCCACUGAGGAUAAUAAUUCCUUUUAAGGCACAUCUCUAUCAAUCCCCACACACAGAAGAAUUAGGAUAGCACUCACUUCUCAUUGACCAGUCUGAGGAUGUGGUGUGGUGUGUUGGUGAUGGCUGAUUCUCCUGAACAUUUUUGCUGAACAUCAUCCAGGUGUCAGCAAAGUAGAAGUGGCAGAGUAUGGCUUUGCCCACACACUGGUUGAAGAGGACAGUCACAAAUGGUGAGCUGGGGUUCUUAUUGUCCCAGAUGGGGUCCAGCCUGUGGGGUCCAGCUGCCACUUGGCAAUCAGUCAUGGCUUGAAGAGGCACUCCACCCUUUCAAAAACCUCCAUGCCUUUGGAGAACACGUUGCCAAAGUCUGUUCUCCAGUGCAGGAAAAAUUCCCAGUAUGAGACACAGAAUAUUGUUUGUAUUCCAGAGGCUGGGGGGACAGGGAAGCAUGGGUUUGAUGUCUGUGAAUGCUGGCAUAUUAAUGUGACAUGUUCAGGGAUGUGAAGCUCGAGGACAGGGACGUGGAAACUAUGGCCCUCCAGAUUUUCUGGGGCUCCCAGCUCCCAUUAGCCCCAGCCAGCAUAGCUGAUACUCAAGGAUGUUGGAAGUUGGAGUCAGGCAACAUCUGGAAAGCCACAUCUUUCCCACCCCUGCAGUGUCCCACAAUACAGAUGCAGGCAGAACAUAGAUGAAGCUCUUGAGUGAUUUGCAGGAGAUCAGCAAUGGUUUGGGAUGCCCAGUGGUUUAGCAAUUGCAACAAUAAACAGCCCCACCCCCCCAAUUAAGCUGCUGAAACAAAUUUUGGAGGAAAACCAGGACUGGAGUCAAGGUUUUGAUUCUGGUAGUGAAAACAAAUUGCUACAUGAGCAGGCGGUGCUUUUCUUUAUUCUAAAUGCAUGUCCAGGAGCACCACCCAAGCCAACAUUCAAUACAUGGUUCCUAUGGGUGGAUUUCGGGGUCCUAUUAACAACAGGAUCUCAUAAACUUGGAGUCUGCCUACCCCUGCUCAUGUAUGUUGGUCUUUAAACUUGGGAUGGGGAAACUAGUCCUCUAGAUAUUGUUGGGCUCCAACUCUCAUCAGUCCCAGUCAGCAGGCCAUAGAUCAGAGACAUUGGAAAGAGCCAUAGCUCAGUGGCAGAGAAUUUGCUUUGCAUCCCUGACAACUCUAGAUAGGGCUGGGGGAUAGUCUUGCCUGAAAUCAUGGACAGCUACUGUCAGGCAGUAUUGACAAUACUGAGCUAGAUGACCCCAUGGUAAAGCAGCUUCCUAUGUUCCUAUCAUAAUGGAUAUUAACUGAUUCACAAAUGUUAAUUUGAAUAAAGUAAUAGUUCUGCUUUUAGAUCAGGAAUUGCCUUCCAGAUGUGGGGCUCCAGUUCCCAUCAGCCACAGACAGAACAGCCAAUGCAGAGAUUAUGUGACUGCAGUCUAAUAACUUGCUUUGUUGCUAAGAAGGUAUCUAGCAGCUGCAAUUUUUGUAACCGUGUGUGUUUGUGUGUAAAAGGUAAAGGUCAAGGACCCCUGGAUGGUAAAGUCCAGCCAAAGGAGACUAUAGGGUGCAGCGCUCAUCUCGCUUUCAGUCCAAGGGAGCCAGCAUUUGUCCACAGACAGCUUUCCAGGUCAUGUCGCCAGCAUGACUAAACCACUUCUGGUGCAGUGGGACACCGUGACAGAAACCAGAGCGCACAGAAACACUGUUUACCUUCCCGCCACAGCGGUACCUAUUUAUCUACUUGCACUGGUGUGAUUUCGAACUACUAGGUUGGCAGGAGCUGGGAAAAGCCGCCAACCUUGUAAUUGGCAAGCCCAAGAGGCUCAGUGGUUUAGACCACAGCGCCACCCGCUCACCAUCUUUUUAUUUUUUAUAUAUAUAUAUAUACACACACAUAUAUAUAUAUACACACACACACACACACGCAAAAUUAAUUGAGCGUAUCCUUUUAUAAUUAAUUAAAUACCCCAGUAAUGAGAGGUUAGAGCUCUGCUAAAGCAUGGAGUAUUGUAAAUGUGUGUAUAUAUGUGCGUGCCAUUGCUACUGAAACA